GUGCUUGUAAAUCGACUCUCACUGUUACUCAUUCAACUAAACAGAAACAACAGCAACAACACAGAUUAAACACUCGAAAGACAUAUAUCAGAAGUCUCUGUUUGUGGUGAUUUUCUUCAGAUACGGUGAAAUGGCUGAAGGUGGUGUUACAGUGGAUCAGGACCAGUUCAUGUGUCCGGUGUGUCUGAAUCUCCUGCAGGAUCCAGUGACGAUUCCCUGUGGACACAGUUACUGCAUGAGCUGCAUCACAGACUGCUGGAAUCAGGAGGAGCAGAAGCGAAUCUACAGCUGUCCUUUAUGCAAACAGAGCUUCACUCCGAGACCUGCUUUAGCUAAGAAUGUGGUGUUUGCUGAAAUGCUGGAGAAACUGCAGAAGAGCAGACUCCAGACGGCUGCUCCUGCUUCUGUUCACACUGGAUCUGGAGAUGUGGAGUGCGACGCCUGCACUGGAAAUAAGCAGAAAGCUGUGAAGUCCUGUCAGGAGUGUAGAAACUCUUAUUGUCCAGAUCACCUCCAACAGCACGAGAGUCUCUUCAGAGGUCGAGGACACAAUCUGAUGGAGGCCACUGGACGACUGCAGGAGAUGAUCUGCCCUCAGCAUAAUAAAGUGAUGGAGAUUUACUGCCGCACCGACCAGCGCUGCAUCUGUGUGCUGUGUUUGGUGGAUGAACACAAACAUCACGAUGCUGUAUCUGCUGCAGCAGGUAGAAAAGAGAAAGAGGAAUUUUAUGAAGAAACUCAGAGAAAAUCCCUUAAAGUCAUUGAGCAGAGAGAGAAAGAUCUUCAGCAGCUGAGAGAGGCUUUGGAGGCUCAUAAGCGCUCAGCACAGUCGGCAGUGGAGGACAGUGAGAGGAUCUUCACUGAACUCAUCCAGGAUAUUGAGAAACGUCGCUCUGAGGUGAAUCAGCUGAUCAGAGAUCAGGAAAGAGCUGCUGUGAGUCGAGCUGAAGAACAACUGGAGCGACUGAAGCUGGAGAUCAAUGAUCUGAAGAGGAGAAACACUGAGCUGAAGCAGCUUUCAGAAACACAGGAUCAUCUUCACUUCCUCCAGAGUUGCCCGACUGACACUUUCUCUGGAUCUUCAGAUUCAGGCUUCACUGUCAGUUCUCAUCUGUGUUUUGAUGAUGUGGUGAAAUCAGUCUCUCAGUUCAGACACAAACUUCAGCAGUUUGCCUCAAAUGAGAUUAAAGAGAUAUCUAAAACAGUGAAAACAGUUCAGGUCAUUCAGACUCCUGAAGAUCAGACCAGUAAGGUGGUUCAACAAUAUUCACGUCGAGCGGUGGUCCCCACAACUGAGAAAUCAAGGGAACAGAUCUGUAAGACCUUGGAUAUGUUUAGAAACCUGGAUAUCUCCAACUUGUCCACCCACCAAGGUAAUAUGUAUGGGCAAAGGAAUCCCAAACGCUGGGAGCCUGGAGUGUUUAGGAAUAAAUAUUGGGACGAGUAAAUCCAAUCCCUAAACAUACUGUAAUUGGGCUAAUUGUAUUCAAACCCUCACCCACUGCUCCUCUUUGCACAUUUUGUGAGAGUAAAGCCCGGCUCUGUCAUUUUUUAUUAAUCCUAAAUGAUUGUAGCAUGUCAGACUGCACGAAUAUAACUCCCGUGUAACACUGUAAAAUCUCAGGUGUCAUAAUCUCAGACUGAACAACAAUGACUGUUUACAUGGACAUCAGUAAUUUAGAUAGUUAACUUAAUCAAAAUAAGGCAGUAAUAUGAUUAAGUUGUUUAUAUGAGUUGUCUUUCAUGUUACAAUAUGCGGCCAGUGGUGUAGCGGACGGGGCCCCGCGUCGUCACCAUUUUUAAUAAUUGAAAAUCCGGCAACCGCAAUAAUCAAACUCUUGGGAACAACUGUGGUCGGAACCAAAGUUCACAGGUCUGUGUUCUCUGAACACCUCU